AUGAGUCGGUCUUCAGAGGAGGAGGAAGAUGAGGAUGAGUUGGAGGAAGAUGAGGUUGAGGACGGUGAAAGAAAGAAGAAAAAUCUGAGAAAAAGGGACUCAUCAGAGAAGAAGAAGAAGAAGAAAGGUAAGAAGUCCAAGAGUAAAGAUAAGAAGAAGAAGAAAAAGGAUGAAGAGGAUUUUGCAGAGAUGUACAAACAAGAACUUCUUGAUUAUCAUUCAGAAUCUUCUCAUGAAACUGAAGAUGAGUACAACAAGAAAAAAGUCUAUGAAGUGGUGACAGUGACUGGAGAUAUCAGAGGAGCAGGGACUGAUGCCAAUGUCUUUGUUACACUCUUCGGUGAAUUUGGCAUCACACCAAAAGUCCAUCUGACCAGCAAGAGCAGCUCCGCCUUUGAAAGAAGUAAAACAGAUGUGUUUCGUGUGAAAACCAAUAACGUUGGAGCCAUCCGGAAGAUAAGAAUUGAGCACGACAACACAGGAAUGAAUGCCAGCUGGUACCUUGACCGUGCGAUUGUGACAGACAUGAACAGGCCCCACCUCCGUUUUUAUUUCCCAUGCAACAAUUGGCUGAGUAAAGAUGAGGGGGAUGGCCUUUAUGUGAGAGAUCUGAUUGGCAGCCUUAACCCUAUGGAUGUUCCCAAAGUAAACAAAUAUGUUGUCCGAGUGUUUACAGGCGAUGUGAAUGGCAGUGGAACAGAUGCUGAUGUUUUCAUUAACAUUUUUGGACAGAAUGGAGACACAGGAGAGCGAAGGUUGGACAACGACAAGGACAAUUUUGAGAAAGGGGCAGAAGACAAGUUCACCCUCGAUGCACCCAAUCUGGGAAGGCUCAGGAAAAUCACCAUUGGGCAUAAUAACAAGGGAAGCUCGGCUGGAUGGUUCCUUGCUAAGGUUAUCAUUGAAGACAUUGGCAACAAGUCGGUGUAUGAAUUCCCAUGCAACCGUUGGUUUGCCCUGGACGAAGAUGACGGCAAAAUCCAGCGAGACAUCCUUGUGGGAGGAACAGAGGCAACGGGUAUUGUUUACAAUGUGGCAGUGGUCACUGGUGACAUCAGAGGGGCAGGCACCAACUCCAAGAUUCAUAUUGUCAUGCAUGGCUCCAAAGGGCUGAAAAACAGUGGGAAGAUCUUUCUGGAAGGAGGGAAGUUUGAACGGAGCAGGACCGACCUUUUUAAUAUUGAGAUUGCUGCUCUCCUUAGCCCCUUAAGCCGUGUCUCCAUUGGGCAUGAUAAUGCUGGCAUUAGCUGCGGCUGGUAUUGUAAGAAGGUGGUGGUGUACUGCCCAUUCACUGGUAUCGAACAGACAUUCCCUUGUGGGAAGUGGUUGGAUGAGAACGAAGCUGACGGUCUGGUAGAACGAGAACUCUAUGAAAUGGUCUCACUGCGCCAGAAGAGACUGAAAAAAAAUCCUUGGUCGCUGUGGAUAUGGACAAGUGACAUUAAAGGUGCAGGAACAGAUGCUCCCAUCUUCCUCCAGGUUUAUGGUGACAAAGGAAAAUCUGAUGAAAUGAAACUAGAUAAUAACUCUGAUAACUUUGAAGCUGGACAAAUUGACAAAUUCAUGAUUGAGCUCCCCGAUCUGGGUACCUUAUUCAAAGUUCGGAUAUGGCAUGAGAAGCGGAGUCCUUUCUCUGGGUGGCAUCUCAACAAGGUCACUCUUUUGAAAACUCUGACAAAAGAGAAGUACACAUUCAACUGUGGCCGCUGGCUAGACAUCAACGAGGAUGACAGUGAGAUUGUACGGGAGCUGGCAGCAGAAGGACCCCUGGUGGCUGAAGUGAUCCCAGUGAUCAAGUACCAAGUGACUGUUUGCACCGGGACAGUGAGUGGAAGCGGGACCGAUGCCAAUGUUUUUGUUAGCCUCAUCGGGCAGCAUGGAGACACAGGGGACCGGGUGCUCCAGAAUAGUGUGAACACCGUUAAUAAGUUUGAGAAAGGCAGUGCUGAUGAAUUCAUCAUUGAAGCAGUCAACCUGAAGCAGGUGAUCAGGGUGAGAAUAGGGCAUGACGGCAAAGGAGGAAGCAGUGGCUGGUACCUUGCCAAAGUGAUAGUGAGGGAAGAUGGACAACCAGAAAGUGAGGCUCAGGAAUUCCCAUGCUACAGAUGGCUUGACAAAAAUGAGGAUGAUGGCCAGAUUAUUCGAGAGUUGGUUCCAGAUGGGAGAUCAUCUAUCCUGGAAAAUAUCAGUUACCACAUCAGUAUAAAGACAGGAGAUGUUCCAGGGGCCAGCUCAGAUUCCAAGGUUUUGAUCAAGCUGUAUGGCGAAAAAGCAGACACCAAAAAGGAGUUCCUCCUGGUUUCUGAUAACGACUUAGGCAAUUAUUUUGAACGUAGCCGGAUAGACAUCUUUACUCUUGAUACAAUGGACAUUGGGAAGAUCCAUCGGAUUCUAAUUGGGCACGACAACGUGGGCCUCCACGCGGGCUGGCACCUUGGUGGCGUUCAGAUUAUCAUCCCUGUCCACGGCAAGCUGUACAACUUCCCAUGCAAUCGAUGGCUUGACAAAAAUGAAGCUGACGGGAAGGUACAGAUUGAGGUCUACCCCAGCGAAAUCAUGGAGAUUGAGAAAUUGAUCAAUUAUGAGGUCUGCACGGUUACUGGCGAUGUGCGGAAUGCAGGCACCAAUGCCAAUGUCUUCAUGCAGAUUUAUGGUGAGCUCGGUAAAACAGAGGUACUGAUUUUGAAGAACAGGUCCAACAACUUUGAACGGGGAGCCACAGAAAAAUUCAAGAUAGAAGCUGUUGAUGUUGGCAGAAUCUAUAAGAUCCGAAUUGGCCAUGAUGGGACAGGCUUGGGAGAUGGAUGGUUCUUGGAAAAAGUCACUAUUAAAAAAAUGGUGACAAAGGAGGUAGAAAAGAAGAAGAGAAAGAAGAAAAAGAAAUCCAUAGAAGAGGAAGUAGAAGAGGAGACAAAAGAGCCAGAUACUAUGGAGAUUUAUAAUUUUGCACCCCAUCGUUGGCUGGCGAGUGAUGAAGAGGACAAGGAGCUGGUUGUGGAGCUGACCACAGAAGAUGGAUCUGAACUUGAAGCAAACAUUUAUGAAGUCCAUGUUAUAACUGGGAUGAUAUGGGGAGCUGGUACUGAUGCAGAUGUUUUCUUGAGCAUCUACGGUGAAAGAGGAGACAGUGGGGAGCGUCAUCUGAAGUAUUCAAAUCAUCUGAAUAAAUUUGAAAAGAACCAGGUGGAUAUAUUCACCGUCAGAGCUAUUGACUUGGGAGAGCUCAAGAAACUAAGAAUUCGGCAUGAUGACUCUGGAAGCAGUCCAGCUUGGUUCCUGGAGAGGAUUGACAUCAUUGACACCAAAGAGGAAACCACUUAUUAUUUCCCGUGCCAAAGAUGGUUGGCAGUGGAAGAAGAUGACGGUCAAAUUGCCAGGGAGCUGGUCCCAGUGGCUGAAGCAUUUGUGAUGAAGGAUUCGGAUAACACGGGCUCUGUCGCAACGCUCGGCCUAGAACAGAAAGCUAAUUCAACCACAUUCUCAGUGAGAGUGAAAACUGGAGACAAGAAAAAUGCUGGGACAGACUCCAAUGUCUUUAUCAUUCUUUAUGGAUCCAAAGAUGACACAGGGACAAUCUACUUGAAGGCUUCCAAGACUAACCGGAACAAAUUUGAGCAAGGAAAAGUUGAUGUCUUUACAGUGGAAUGUGUGGACCUUGGAGAUUUGAAGAAAAUAAAGAUUGGCCAUGAUAAUACAGGUAAUUCUGAAGGAUGGUUUUUAGAAUGGGUAGAAGUGGAUGCCCCUUGCCUAGGGUUGUGCCAGAAGUUUCCUUGUGGUCGUUGGCUGGAUAAAUCUGAAGAUGAUGGAGCAACUGAAAGAGUCCUGUUUCCUGCAGAACUGCAGACAAGGACUUAUGUCCCAUUUGUUCCCUAUGAAGUUACUGUUUAUACAAGUGACAUUUUUGGAGCGGGUACUGACGCAGAUGUCUUUAUCGUCCUGUAUGGGGCCGAUGGUGUUUGCACUCAGCAGAAAUCCCUGUGCCAAAACAAGAGGGAACAAAGGAUGUUCUUUAAGAGGGAUUCCGUUAAUCAGUUCAUUGUUGAGCUAGAAGAUGUUGGAGACAUCCUUGAAAAGAUCCGCAUUGGGCAUGAUGGCUCAGGUAUCAAUUCAGGUUGGCACCUUGAUCAAGUAGACAUACGUAGGCUUUUACCAAAUGGAAAGGGUUCUGAGAAAACCACAUUUCCAUGUGGGAGAUGGCUGGCAAAAUCUGAAGAUGAUGGUGAAAUUAUGAGGGAGCUGGUUCCAUCCAAAGUCUUCACUGAAAAGCUAAUGAAAGAUGGCACCCUUAAGCAGAUUGAUGAAGAAAUUGAUGACUCACUGGAAAUCUAUUCGUACAAGGUUUCUGUUUUCACGGGUGAUAUUUAUGGUGCUGGAACUGAUGCAAAUGUAUUCCUAACCAUCUAUGGAGACUUAGGUGAUACUGGGGAGAGAAAACUGAGGAAGUCUGAAACGAACACUAACAAGUUUGAAAGAGGACAGGAAGACAUAUUCACAGUUGAAGCUGUGGACCUCGGAACCAUCUACAAGACCAAGAUCCGCCAUGACAACACUCUGCCAAGGCCAGACUGGUACUUGGAGAAAGUUGAAAUCCUGAAUGAUGCCACUGACAGCUUGUACCUGUUUCAGUGUGAGCGCUGGCUGUCAAGAAAAAAGGAAGAUCUAAACAUUGAGAGGAUCCUUUGGGAAAAAAACUAUGAUCCUGGCUGCGUGAGCAUUGGAGAUACAUCCCUGAACCGGGACAACAAUGCCAACAUAAAGGAUAAGAAGACCAACAGCUCUGCUCUGGAAGGGUCAUUCAUUCCUUACCACAUUGUCCUCACUACUGGGAAAGAAUUUGACUCAAGCACCAACAGUCGAGUUUUCAUCAUCAUUGUAGGUCCUCAGAAACUCUCUACGGGCCUUAUAUGGCUGGACCUUUCAGGAGGAAAGACCCAAUUUGCAGACGGCUCUGUGGAGAAAUUCUCCGUUAUGGGAAUAGACGUUGGUGAAGUCAAAAAUGUGGAGGUGGGUCAUGAUGGGGCCACUCCAGAAAGUUCUUGGCUCUUGGAUGAAAUCACUGUCAUGGUGCCAACCAAAGGGGUGAUAUUUACCUUUGUCUGCAAAUGCUGGCUGGCCCAGGAUAGGGGAGAUGGUCUCACCUUGCGUGUCUUCAACAUCCUGGAUGCUGAUUGCAUCAACAUUGGCCUAAAGGUUCAAUAUGAAGUGACUGUGGAGACUGGGGAUUUCUCACAGGCUGGAACUGACACUGGCAUUUUUUUCACACUCUUUGGAUCCAAUGGAUGUUCAGAAGAGAUACAGCUGGAAAAAAAUGGAAACAGAUUUGAAAUUGGCCAAAAGGAUACUUUUAUCAUGGAAAUUCCAGAUAUUGCACCACUCAAGAAGAUGCGAAUAAGGACAGAUGGCACAGGAUGCCGCCCCGAUUGGUUUCUGGAACAGGUCACAAUGAAGAAUUUGAUCACUCAGGAGGUCACCACGUUUACUUACAGCGACUGGCUCUCCAAGCUGUGGGGGGACAACCUAACCCUGGAGUGCGAGAUUGCAGCGAUGACCAACAAUGAGCUGAUGAUGGAAUACACAACAUAUAUUAUUCAGGUGAAAACCAGCGAUAUUGGAGGUGCUGGAACAGAUGCCAACGUAUUCAUGAUUAUUUGGGGAGAAAAUGGGGACACUGGGACUUUGGCUUUGAAGGAAUCAAACAAGUCCAACAAGUUUGAAAGGAAUCAGUUGGAUAUCUUCUAUUUUUCUGACAUCUUCAGUCUUGGCAAUCUCUGCAAAGUGCGCAUCUGGCACAACAACAAAGGAAUUGCACCAGGCUGGCAUCUGGAAUACAUUGACAUUGAUGACUCUGUCAUGGACAAGAUCUUCCGUUUUCAGUGUGACCGCUGGCUUGCAAAGGAUGAAGACGAUGGGCAGCUUAUACUAGAACUGGCUUGUGCCAAUAAUGACAUUCUGGAACUGAAAGAACGUACCUCUUAUGAGAUCCUCACAAUCACCAGCAAUAAGGAGGAUGCAGAAACCAAGGAAAAUGUAUCAAUUAUUUUUGAAGGGAAGCGAGGGCGUUCCAAAGAGUUCCUUCUGGAAAACUCCUCCAGAAACAGAAGAUUUUUAAGAGGAGCAACAGAUGUAUUCCAGUUUUCUUCAAAGAACGUUGAUGAUAUUGCAGCCAUCUGUGUUGGUCACUGUCCAAGAGAUGGGAAGAAAUUGAGGGCAAAACCAGAAGUAUAUUGGCAUGUUCAGGAAAUUGUCAUUAUGGAGAUGGAACUUGGCAACAAGUACUUUUUCAAAUGCAAUGCAAAAAUCCCGCUCCGCACCAAGAGGGGGGACCACAAGGUCUUUGAGUGUGCCAAGGUGAUUGAAAGCUUUGCCAGCAAAGCUCGGAGUUUGGUCCCUGUCAAAUACGAGGUGAUUGUUGUGACAGGCUCCCAAAAAGGAUCUGGUACAGAUGCCAACGUCCUCAUUACCAUAUUUGGAGCGAACGGGGAUUCGGGCAAGCGGCCUCUUAAACAGAAAUUCCGCAAUCUCUUUGAACGGGGCAGCACCGAUCGGUUUUACCUGGAAAUCCUUGAACUGGGAGAGCUGAAGAAAGUUCGGAUUGAGCACGACAGCAGCGGGCUGUCUCCUGGGUGGCUGGUGGAGCGAGUUGAGAUCACCAACUCGGCUACGGGCAUAACCACCAGCUUCCCCUGUGGGAAGUGGUUGGAUAAGAAUAAAGGUGACAAGUUAACAUGGAGGGAUUUGUUUCCAAGAAGUUAAUGGCAACUGUACAGGCCGUAAUUUUCUGAAAUGCUUUUGUUCCAUCUGGCAGGUAAAUUUCAAAACAAAAGGAUUGGGUGUUUGAUGUAAAUCUAACUUAAUCCACUGCUUUUCAAGCUCUGGGUACAGAGUUCUGGCAAUUCCAUAUUUUUCAAAAACAGAUCUCUUUGUUUAGCAAAAUCUUCAUUCUAUUCAAAACCUCUUCUUUUCUCCCCCACCGAGAAAGAAAUGUUGGAACUCUCCCAUCAGCUUUAAACAGACUUACGGAUCACUUGUAUUAUAGCUUACAGAGUAUUUUUUUUUUAAUUUUUCAAGAUCAGUGUCCUAAAAGUGCUCCAGUUUUUCAUGUUUUGCUAAUCGCUUUUUGCAAAAGAUAUGGAUAAAUAAGCUGUAACUAGAGAGAGAUAAAACU